AUGCUGUAGCUAAAGGACAGUAGCUGGUGUCACAGAGCUGCACCCAUUUAGUUGUACUGAAGCCAGAGAUAUUUUGUGUGCAAUUUGAUCCAGGGUAUACAGUGUGCGGGGCAGUUCUGCCGCUCACUAGCAUAGCAAUCAAACAAUAUAACUGCUAGCUCGUCACUUUUUAGUCCAAAACACACAUUGAAAGGGUUUCAGAUAUUCUUUUCAGAUAUAUAUAUCAUACAUAUAUAUAUUUGUUUUCUUUUAAAACAGCAUUUUUUUUCAUCUUUAUCUGAUUAACAACUUGUAGCCUUUACUUGCAGCGCAAUGGACAGAGAAGUCAGUUUGAACCGAGCUGACACUUUUUCUUUCAUCAAUCCUUGGAUUAGGUAUUUCCUGUUUAUUUUCAGUCUCUUAUUCUGGGUGUUUUCCUUACUAAUAAUUGCAAUAGGAGUUUAUGCCAAGGUUGAGAAAGCAACAGACACUGUCAGAGACACAUUUCUGAUUGACCCGGCUAUCAUUCUAAUAGUCGUGGGAGUUGUUAUGUUCUUUAUCACAUUCUGUGGAUGUAUUGGAGCUUUGAGAGAAAAUAUUAAACUCCUUAAAGCUUUCUCACUGAGUUUGACACUAGUAUUUUUGAGUCAGCUGGCCAUUGCAGUGCUGGGAUUUUUCUAUUCUGAACAGACCCGGGGCACUCUUGGGAAAUUUGUCAAAAAAGCCAUAAUUCACUACAGAGAUGAUAUUGACCUACAAAACCUGAUUGAUUAUAUUCAAAAAGAGUUCAAGUGUUGCGGCUACAACAAUUACACUGACUGGUCUCGGAACCUGUACUUUAACUGCACCCAGGAGAACCCGAGCAGGGAGAGGUGUGCCGUUCCUUACUCCUGCUGCACUCCAGUACCGGGGGAGGUUGUCAUUAACACAAUGUGUGGGUUUGGAGUGCAAAACCUGAACUACUUAGAAGCCACCAAGUCAAUUUACCCGCUGGGAUGUGCUGACAAGACAGCCGGCUGGAUCGAAUCACACCUGCUGCUGGUGGGAGCGCUGGCUCUUGGUCUCGUCCUUCCACAGAUUGCAGGAAUCUUUCUCUCACAGAUACUAAUAUCUCAAAUAGAAGAUGAAAUUAGUUCUAUUUUAUGAGGAAAACUACCAAUGGCUGAAAGCUUGAAGCAGGAAUGGAGGAUCACUGUGGAUUAAUGAAGUGA